AUGCUCAGAGCUGAAGGAGAGAGAAGGAUGCGCAUAGACACAAAGCGUCCCAUCACUGUAAAAUAUUAUACAUUAGCUUACCGAUUGAUUAUUACCACUCCUGCAAGAGGGCAAAUCUUGGAUGAAAUAAUCUAAAGGUUUUGAUGUGUCGUGGAACAAUGUGGAAUAGACUGGGUUUGUGGCAGGUGCUGCUAUGGUGGCAUCAUUUCUUUCUCUUGUGGGGUACAAUAGAUAGACAGACUCACUACACCAUCCCGGAGGAACUGAAACAGGGCUCUGUGGUAGGAAAUCUAGCCAAAGAUCUGGGGUUGGGACUAUCUGAGAUUUACCAUCGUAAAUUACGGAUAACCUCGGAGGCUGGUAAGCAGUAUUUCAGAGUGGAUUUGGGAAAGGAGAGCUGGUCGUCAGUGAGAGGAUAGACAGAGAGGAUCUGUGUGGACAAAGAGUUCCAUGUCUAUUGCCUUUGGAAGUAGUGAUAGAAAAUCCUUUGCAGCUGCACCGAGUCAAGAUUGAAAUGUAGGAUAUUAAUGACAAUUCUCCCUGUUUUCUUACCAAAGAAAAGGUGUUGAAGAUUGCAGAGUCAGCAAACCCAGGCGCACGAUUUCCACUCGAAAGCGCACUGGAUUCUGAUGUAGCUGCAAAUACACUACUCUCUUACAGCAUUAACAAAAACGAACAUUUUAAAUUGAAUGUCAAAAACCACAUGGAUGGGACAAAAUUCCCAAAAUGUCUUGACUGGGAGAAGCAGUCUGUUCACAAGCUGAUUUUCACCGCUGUAGAUGGGGGUGAUCCAGUGCGUUCAGGAACCUUUGAGAUUAGUAUUACUGUGCUUGAUAUUAACGAUAACGCACCACUGUUUGAGAGACAGCUUUAUGAGGCUAGUGUUAACGAAAAUGCAGUUCCUGGCACUGUGAUUUUACAUGUAAAGCGACAGAUCCAGAUGAAGGACAUAAUGGGGAUAUCGAGUAUGUCUUUGUCGAUCAAACGCCAGACUCAGUGGCAACAUUAUUUGAAAUGGACCAUUUAACUGGGGUGAUUAUAGUAAAGGGUGAACUAGAUAUUGAAAAAACGUAUUCACAUAGAUGUGACGUUAUUGCUAAAGACAAAGGCAACCCAGAGAUGGAUGGGCAUUGUGGUGUUGACCUUAAAAUAACUGACGUCAAUGACAAUAUCCCAGAGAUAAUUGUGACGUCUCUAAGUACUCAUGUUCCGGAGGAUUCACCUAUUGGGACAGUGAUAGCUUUGAUAAGCGCUAAAGACCCAGAUUCAGGAGACAAUGGGAAGGUGAGGUUGAAUGUGUCACCAAAGUCUCCAUUCAAAUUGAACCCGUCCAUACCCAAGCAUUACGCACUGGUAAUUAACGCGCCUCUUGACCGUGAGCGUCACUCCCAGUAUAGUAUAGAGAUCAGUGCUAGUGAUUCAGGAAAAAAACCUUUAUCCAGCAAGAAAACAAUCACUGUUGAUGUAUUUGAUGUGAAUGACAAUCCACCGCUAUUCUCUCAGCCUUCCUACACAGUGUAUGUAAAAGAGAAUUACACACCGGGAAAAAUAUUAUGUUCAAUCUCCGUUACUGAUCCAGACCUGGGGGAUAAUGCCAAGAUCUCCUACUCCAUUCUAGACUCCAAAGUGCAGGACGUGUCUGUCUCCUCCUAUGUGUACAUUAACUCUGAUAACGCCAGCAUCUACAGUAUGCACUCUUUUGACUAUGAGAUACUGAAGGUGUUUCAGAUUCUGGUUCAGGCAAAGGACCACGGCUCUCCGUCUCUGAGCAGCAACGCCACUGUCCAUGUUUUUAUCCUGGACCAGAACGACAAUGCCCCCGCUGUUAUCUACCCCUCCGCUGCCCUGGGCUCGCUCUCUCACCAGAAGGUGCCCCUCUCCGCUAAAGCAGGCCACCUGGUUACUAAGGUAACGGCCGUGGACGCAGACUCGGGCCAUAACGCCUGGAUCUCGUAUAAGCUGGCGGAGGCCACAGACGCUUCUCUGUUCAGUGUCAAUCUUUACACAGGGGAGGUGAGGACUAAACGCUCUGUGUCCGAGCAGGACGACGACUCUCAGAGGCUGCUUAUAGAGAUAAAGGAUGACGGGGAACCGGUCCAGUCUUCAACGGUCACAGUGGCCAUAUUGGUAGAGGACGGGCUACACGAACCCAUUUUGGACCUCCGGCAGAAAGCCCCAGAGCCCAGCAAGAAAAGCGGGAGAAUCACCCUGUAUUUGAUCCUCUCUCUGGCCUCGGUGUCCGUGCUGUCUCUGGUGACUUUCGGCAUCUUAGCGGUGAAGUGCGUUAGAUACAGCAGAAGCAGCGGUAGUUGCUGCAUGAGACUGGACGAUUUGGACGGCUACAAGAACCCCAACAGAAACCUGCAGAUCCAGCUCAACACUGACAGACCUAUUAAGUACGUGGAGGUCCUGGGAGGGGACAUGUUGUCUCAGAGUCAGUCCUUCAGGUCCUGUCUCUCUUCCAUGUCAGAGUUCAGUGAUUUCACCUUCGUUAAGCCCAGCAGCACCACUGACUUUAAGGAAAUGAUCAACGUCCUGGACGCGUCUUUACCCGACAGCGCCUGGACCUUUGAGAGCCAGCAGGUGAGCGGUGACGUGUAG